AUGGCUCCAACAGAAAAUUCAAAUCCUAUAGAUAUACCUAAAUCUCCGCUGUCUCCAAAGCAAGCCUUCCCUUCAAGUACUUCACCAGCGAGUCCUCAAAAUACCAAGACAAAACCACAAUUGGAAAUGGAGAAAAUGAGAGAUAUCCUUGAAGAGGAAACAAAUUUAUAUGCAAAAGGGGUCACUGAUAACGAUGUUGACUGGUUUAUUAGAGAUUCUUCUAUUGAUCCGAAUGUUGACAUAACAAAUACUAGUAGCACUACCAGUAAAGACUCAGGCUCAACUACACCAGUGCCGAAUUCUUCUCCAGCUAGCCAUUUAACUGCCACCAUUUCUAACUCCAACGACAACUAUACAAGCAAGACAAAACCAUCAAUAGCUCCAAUCCAGGAAGAGAAUAUUGCGUCAGAUUCUUCUCCGCACCAUAGCAGUCAUUUUCACAACGAACACCAGUCGACUUAUGAGCCACCAAGAAGACGCAGCAGCCUUUCUGCCACGGGUGGUGGUCUUUUUUCUAAAUUAAAGCACAAGUUUCGAAAAGAAUUGGCCACACCUGAACCAUCAGUAGAACAUAAAAAAGCACAAACAGCUGCCCCAGCACCAGCACCAGCACCACCAGUAUCUCGAUCAUCACAAGGAAUUUUUAAAUCUGGAUAUGACAUGAAUUCAACUAAGAAACCAAAUGACAGUAGUGAUUCUAGUAUAAACUCGUUCCAAAAUUCACCACCAAAAAUAUCGGCAACUACUUCUGCUCAAUUACACAGAACUAUGUCUACCCCAGUUUACACUCAUGAUUCUUCAGAUCCAAGAUUGGAAGAAUACAUUAAAUUUUAUCAAAGAAGAGAUAGCAGAAGAGCGUCUGUUGCUUCAUGUCAUUCAAAUGGGAAAGACGAACCAUUACCCCUGGCUUUGGUUAAUGGAUUUGAAAAUACCACCUAUAACAAACCCAAAGAUGGUUCUGAAUCUGCUCAAAAUUCUUCAACCAGCAAACUUUCAGGCUUUUUGAAACGUAGAAGCAGCACUGUUAACAAGUACAGUGAUUCAAAUACCUCCAUCCCCGGAACUCCGCUUUCAAGACAAGGUACUCCGCAAUCUGCAACUACCAAGACAGUAUUGGACUCGAAUCCAAGCUUUAAAGGAUUGAAACCGUUGAAGAGAGUUGCUUUCCAUUCUUCAACAUUUUUAAUCGAUCCCCCACAGCAAAUUCCUUCAAGAACCCCAAGAAAAGGAAAUGUGGAAGUAUUACCGAAUGGUACUGUCAAGAUACGUCCACUUACCGAAGAAGAAAAAAUUGAAAUCGAAAAAUCCCAACGAGGAUUGGGCGGUGGAAUCAUCGUUGGUGGCACUGGCGCAUUGGGGUAUGUUAAAAAGGAUGCUGGUCCUCCCAAAGCAAUUGUUGAAGAUGAGGACGAAGGAGCAGGUUCCACGGAUAAUAAUGGCAAUAUUUCAUCCCUGACACCAGAAGAACCGGAUGAAAAUGAACCACGCGUUGAUGCCCAUGCCAAAGCAUUAACCAUUGACAAACCAAUGGCACACCAUCAACCAGUCAGUUAUUCAGCUCCAAUCAAGAAAAUGGCGCUUGAUACCAUGUAUGCACGCUGUUGUCAUUUGAGAGAAAUCUUGCCAAUUCCAGCUAUUCUGAAACAAAUCCCGAAGGGUUCAAUGGCUCCGUUACCAGUUUUGCAGAUGCGUAAUCCAAAUCCAACUAUGAUUGAAAUCCAGUCAUUUGCAGACUUUUUGAGAAUUGCUCCAGUGAUCUGUGUUUGUUUAGAUGGGGUGAAUUUUUCUGUUGAACAAUUUAAGAUUUUACUUUCAGCUAUGAGUGCCAAAAAACAAUUAGAGAAACUCAGUUUGAGAAACACUCCUCUUAAUGAACAAGGAUGGUCUUUGCUUUGUUGGUUUUUAUCCAGAAACACCGUUUUGAAUAAGUUGGAUAUUACCCAGUGUCCCUCAUUGUCAGUUAAUAUCCUUAAGAAAAAAAAGAAAAAGACCGAAAGUAAGUUUGAUGAGAAUCUAACACGAAUGACUUCCAACAAGGAUAAUCGUUCAGAUGUGGAUUGGGAAUUAUUUGUUGCCACUUUAGUUGCCAGAGGAGGUAUCGAGGAGUUGAUUUUAACCGGAUGUUGUAUUCAGGACAACGAGAUUUUUGAAAAAUUAAUGUCCAUGGCUGUACUGAAACGUACAUCGAGAUUGGGAUUGGCAUUCAACCAAUUAACUCCACGUCACAUGAAGAUCAUUGUUGAUUCUUGGUUAUUGAAAGAUUUCGCCAGAGGAAUUGAUUUAGGUUAUAAUGAUUUCCUGAGUGUGAAUAUGCUUAAACCAAUUAUUGAUUUAACUAAACGUCCUGAUUAUGAAGACUUGGUAUCCAAAUCAACUUUGUCUUUUAUGAGUCUUAAUUCUACUAAUUUAAGUUUCAAUGAUACUUUCAAGGAAGUAACUGAGCAAUUCACCAUGAAAUUACCAAAUUUGAAAUAUCUUGAUUUCUCAAACAACCAACGAUUGUUUGGUGUUUUUGGAAAGAAUGAUAGUGAGCAAGCUGAACAUAGUGAAGAAACUAGUGUGUCCUACUUCAUAUCUAAACUUCCAUUAUUUCCUAAAUUGAUUAGACUUCAUCUAGAAAAUGAGAAUUUUAGUAAAUCAUCAGUACUUCAGAUUGCAGAAAUCUUACCAUUCUGUCUGAAUUUGGGAUACUUUUCAAUACUAGGAACGAAGCUCGAUAACACAUGCGCUACAGCUUUAGUCAAUGCUGUUAAAAAUUCUAAUUCAUUGAUCAACUUGGAAUGUAAUACAGAGGAUUUCCCUGAUGUGUUCAAAGAAAGAAUUGGUUUGUACACGAUGAGAAACAUGGAGAAGGUGUUGUAUUCUGCAAAGAAACUUGAUGAAAAGGAGCCAAUUUUAUCCGAAGGUUCAGAGUCUGAGUCACUUACAGAACAAUUACAAGCAAUUCUUGCCUUGAAGGCACAAAAGAAACUUGAUUUGAGUUCGCCAGAGAUUAUCAAGUUUGUUAAGCGUGCUAAAUCUAUUCGUCAUGAAUUAAGACAAACAAUCAAUGAUUUGUUGAAAUUACAAUUGAAAAAUGCUUUAGAGUUGAAUGGUAAAGAGACAUUAAUUAGACUUAUAUUCAUUGAUUCAAGUAUAGAAAAGGGUUUACAAUUGAUUGACCCAUCUUUGGUUGAUGACCCAAAUAAUGCUGUCACUUUAACUAAAGUCAUUGGACCACGUGAAGGUAAUGAAGAUCUGCAUCUUCAAUUGGAACAUACUGACUCGCAAGAGCCAGAAGCUGCAGCAACUGUAUUGGCAAGUCGACCAGUAGCCUUAUCAAGAAAUGGCUCACGUACAAGUUUAAAUAACUUAUCGAGAGAAGAAGGUUCCGUUUUGAAACUAGCCAAGCUUCGUGAUUUCCAUCGUCCAAAUUCACCAUUCCCAGAAGCGGCCGAUUUUCGCAAGAAAUUGAUGAGUUUUGAAUUGUCUGAUUUAGAUAAAGUAAUUGAUUUCUUGAGUGAUUUGAAAAGAGAAGGUAUUUCAUUGGAGAAAGUUUUCCAAAAUGAAGAUGAUACCAUUGAAGGUGAUCAUGACUUUCUUAAUGUGGAGGAAAUCAAAUCGAAAUUAGAAUCAUUGAAAGUUGAACAAAUAGAAGAUAUUGGCAAAGAGAAGAAAGAGGAUGAAAUAGAGACCACCGCCAAAGAGAGCAACGAUAAACGUGAGUAUUUAAAUACUACUUAUGAUCAAGUUUUGAACAAUCUUACCAAAUAG